CGCAAUUUGAAUCCAAACGUACUUACAAGGGUAUGACCUGCAAAUUGUAUCAAUCAAUUCAUAUAAAAAAUGUGAUCCAACGAUAUAUCAUGAAGGCAUUCAUUUCCCAUGAAGGGGAAAUAAAACCUUUUGUUUUGGAAUUUCGCUUUCCGAAUUUAUGGUUAUGCGGCUGUUUUGCCUAAGUUCGUGUGAAAGGUGUGUACUGAUAGCGCUUUUAGGAAGGGGAACUGUAGAUUGAGAUUUCAAGGAUCCGAGGACUGAAUUUACUGACGGACCAGGUCAACAACUGUCCAACAAAUUAUUAUACAGCCAUGUUACUAACCACCCAUCGCUAUGCAAAAGCACUGCAGCUCACCCUCGCGGUCAUCAAGCCAGAUGCAGUUGCACAUCCCGUGAUUAUGGAGGCCCUCCACCAGAAAAUCCUUGAGAACAACUUCGUCAUCGUCCGUUGUCGAGACUUGGUGUGGAGACGACAGGAUUCUGAGAAGUUCUAUGAAGAACAUGCAGGAAGAUUCUUCUACCAAAGACUGGUUGAGUUCAUGUCAAGUGGUCCGAUGAGGGCAUACGUGCUUGCCAGAGAGGAUGCCAUCACUGUCUGGAGGGAACUCAUGGGCCCCACCAGAGUGUUCCGGGCCCGGUUCACAUCUCCGACCACAAUCAGAGGCCAGUUUGGACUCACAGACACCAGGAACACCAGUCACGGCUCAGAUUCGUUGGAGUCGGCGCAGCGAGAGAUCGCCUUCUUCUUCCCAGAGUUCCGUGUGGAGGAGUGGAUGGAGAAGGAGGAGCCCUCAUUCAGGAGGGGUCUGAUGGAGUACGACCAGCAGAGACUCAUCCACAAACUACUCGCUCACCACUGAUCUCAGAUCACACAAACACACAAUCCUUGCUCGAUUCACAGUAACUUGGUGGUUCUCAAGCUUUGGGCCUUGAUCCCUUGGAGAACGUCAAACGAUUGAAGCGAUGCAGUGUAUUUCCUUAGUACUCUUUCAUUUAGAUCAUGGAAAAAAAUACUACUUUAUAUUUGUACUAUUUUGUCUGGUUAAAAUACUAUCUUUUUGCUUGGGGCUCACUGGAGUGUCAGGUGGGCGGCAUUUUUGGGAAACGCUUACUUGUGUUAUAUGAAUUUAUCAAGUACACACAAGUAGAUUUGUUUCUCGUCUAAAUAAGUUGUUUACAAAGCCCAUGGUUAUGUUACAGUACAUAAUAUGUAUUACCACAAGAAUACCACUGAAAUUGUGUCUUGUGUGUAUAAUACAUUCACCCUUGACAUGUUUUAUGUGGAACGGUGUAAUGUUUGACUGUAGAUUUGUUUAAAAAAUAAUGUUCUACUUUGAUAAGAACUUAGAUAAGCAAACUUAAUGAUUCCAUACAACUUCCAUGAAGUGAUUUCAUUUAGGAAAAACUAAGAAUUAAGUAGUAAACUGUAUUUAUUUUCAGUACAAAUGUAGACUGUUCUGAUACACCUGACAGGAUAAGUUAAGCCAAGAAGACAGUGUACAAUGUGCCCUAUUACAAUUCAUACAAAAUAUACAAUUGGUUGUUAUCCAGUUAUAGACGCUGUACAUCAUGUAGACACAAACCAUGUGUAAACCAGCCAACACUGCUCUACUGCAUGUACAGUAGUUGUAGAAGUGUGCACAUGCUUGUCUUCAUGAAUGCGGUUCGAUAGAACAUCAU